GCGCAAGAAACAGAGUCCUUCCCCAAAUCCAACGCAAAUUCCAAGAAUCCUACUCCAAAUUGAAGAUUCCAAACUUCACAAUUAUAAAAGGAGACAAAAGCCACAAGAAAAAUCAUCUCCUUCAACCCCAACUCUAGAGGGAGAUCGAGAGACAGAUCGGGAGCAGAGCAGGGGGCCGGCCUAGGGUUCCGACCCCUAGGCCCGGCAGUCCAGCGGCGCGAUGGUGGCUUGAAUUCCGGCGAUGUUGCAGAGAAUAUUAUCCCACUCAAUAAGCAAGAAGAGAUGGAGGAAGGCACACUAAUCUCAGAGGGUGAGGCUUCAACUUCUUCAAUAGCAAGAGAAAAUCCAAUCCACUCUAUAACAGAGAUCCACAAGGAAAGUGAUAGCCACAAGUCUAUUGAACAUUUUGAAUUACAUACGUUUGAAGGCAAGAAGCAUAUAAAGCGCUCGCUAUCAGUUCCUGCAAAUGUUAACACUAAAAGCUUAAAAAGGACUGGUUCUUCCCGGCAUUUGAUCCGUGUUAUAUCUGCAUCCACUCGGUUGAACGCCGAUAACAAUGCAUUCCCUCCUAAUAAGCUACUAUUACCACAAACGAACAACGUGCUAGAGAUGUGUCGGGGGAAGACAUUAUUGCAGAGGAAGAAGGCGUUUGUAGGAUUUGUUUUGAGGAGCUCGGAGAAGGAGGAGAGGCGUUCAAAAUGGAGUGCAGUUGCAAAGGGGGUCUCGCGCUUGCCCACAACGAGUGUACGUUGAAGUGGUUUGGCAUUAAGGGCAACGCGGUUUGCGACGUUUGCAAGCGCGAAGUACGAAAUCUUCCCGUUACGCUGUUGAGAUUACAAACCUUUGCUUCAACAAGUGUUGUAAGAAGGCCAAUGGUUGAGCCUAGACAAGAGCAACAUGAUGCUUAUCUCCACAGGAUUUGGAAGGAUGUGCCCAUUUUGCUUUUGAUCAGCAUGCUAGCAUAUUUUUGUUUCUUGGAGCAGCUUCUGGUACUAUUUUUUGCAUUUCUUACCCUCUCCCCGAAAGUCGUCUAACCAAACAAUCCCUUAAUGUCAACAAAGAACUCCUCUAUAAGAAAAUAAUAAGAGGGAAAAUAUUCUGUAUAUUCAAUUGUUCUGUUUAGUUACAAGGGGUUUCUCCUUUAUUUAUAGGAGAGGAUGAUUCCAAAAUAGACAAGGAAUACAAAUCCUACAAGGAAACAAAUCAUAAUCAAACUAGGAAACAAAUAAAUCAAGAUCAAUCUUAAUUAGAAUGGGAUUCGGUCAUCAAAGGAUUUGGACUUCUCAAGAGAGGGACGUUGAAUGGUGUGAGUGACAAAGUCACGCAGUCGCGAAGGAGGACGACGUUCUCUUUCACUUCGGCGCAAAGUGUCUUGGGUUGGAAGGGUUUGGUUAUCAAGGGCAGAAGAAGGUUGGACUGGGUCAUUGGGUUGGCUGUUUGGUUCUGAUGUUGCAGGGUUUUCUGGAUUGGAUUGGAGCAACGGUCGACCGGGGUCCUGAGAACGGUCCAGUGUUUCGACCGUCUGGGUGGCUGAUUCUUCACUGCGUAUUUCUUCCUCAAAAAA